GAGUGUCAUCUGGCCCUGCAGCAGCCCGGCCCGGCCCGGCUCGGCUCGGCUCGGUUCGGCCCGACCCUUCACCAUCUAAACUGCCACAGAUGACUGACCUGGCGUUACAACUGGGUGCUAGAAGCUCAACGCGAUGUUUUAGUUGCCCCCGAAAUUUUUAUUCUGCGCAUGAUGACGCGGCCGUGACCGCGCUCGGCUCGGCAGGAAGUAUCCUGCUGAAGAGGAGGAGGAGGAGGGAGAGAGGAGGGGGACAGAGCCAAGAACCAAAAGUCGGUGGUUAAAUAGGAGGAAAAAAAAUAACCAUGCAUAAUCCGUGAAACUGGCACAUUUUGCACCCCCUCGCCGAGAAUCGUUGACUUUCCGGGCGCGGGGGCCAUUUGAGGUGAUACCUCAUUGGCUGGUGUGACCCCCAGAGGCCCGCCACCUCCCAAGGUGGGCCCUGAUUGGCUGGACCAGCACUGACGGCUCUUGGGGACAAGAUGGCCGCCAGCUACACUUUCAGCUGAAGAGAUAAGCCCACUGUUUCCUCCCCCACCGUGCUAACAUCACUGUUCAUUGCUAUGUUGUGAACUGUGAUUCCCUCCAACCGAUUUGCGUUAGAGUACUAUGGCAAUGCAUGAUAUGAGUCGUGCCAAGGGUUUCCCCUGUAAAGAAUGUGAUAUGGUUUGUCCGAGUACUCCAAGUCUCCUAGAACAUAUGAAAGCACAUUAUCAGCAAGAAGAUACCGGUCGUUUUGAGUGUGAACAGUGUGGUAGAAUUUACAAGCACGCAGCUAGCCUUGCCAAUCAUAAAAAGUCCCACGAAGUGGGUUCAUUUCAGUGUCCUGUUUGUACACGUACACUUCCCAACGCAGUAGCUUUGAAGAACCAUUUGCGGAUCCAUACUUUGUCCCCUAGUAGUGCACACACAGAAGAGGAGAGCGAGGAAGUGCCCGAAGAGGCAGGCCACGACGAGAGGGACUACGGCCUCGCCCAGGACCUCUCGGACGGGUUUGGGCGCUCACAUUUAAACAAUAGUGGUAUGGGACAUAGUGUCCUGCAAAGCCACGAGACAGACGAUCACGGAAAAAAAGGCUCCCCUGAAUCAGACGACGCUUGGGACAGACCGUUCAAGUGUGACCAGUGUGACAGAACCUACCGGCACCACGGUAGCCUGGUGAACCACAAGAAGUGUCACCAGCAAGGAACUUUUAAGUGUUCUGUGUGUUUUAAACAAUUUAGCAACCUGGCUGCCCUAAACAGCCACGAGAGAACUCACUCGAAGUUCAAGACCCCAGGAGCAUCCAUGGUGAGCAGCAGCAGUAGCAGUAGCAGCCUCCAUGACUCGGAGCGCACUACUGGCACCCAGAGUGAGGACACCACCUCCUGUUUUUGCCACCUGUGCCAGGUAGCGCUGCCGAAUAAGGCGGACUUCCAAGAGCACAUUCUGCUGCACAACACUGCUUCGCCCUCCCUUGGCCUGCCACGCAGUUUCCCAGGCAUCAUGCCCCACAAUCUAAGUGCGGUUCGAUCGCCAACUUACACCCCGGCCCUGGGGGACCCUCUGCCCCUUCCACCUCUGCCCACUGAGAAAAGAGGUCCUUAUGACCCCAUAAUGGGCCCUCCAGUCAACAACCCCAUUUACACAUGUGCAUACUGUGGCGCAGGACACCCAGAUUUGGAGACAUUGAAAGUCCACUAUCUAACCCAUGAUCCUCACCCAGCCUCACAUAAUCAGGACAGCUCCAUCCUCAACUCAGACACUCUAAGUUCUGGAUCUCAGGGCUCCGUGGCUUCUCCCUCAGGAGGCCGUGUGCCCCAAGCUAAUUCACCAGAUGAUGGAGAGCGGCGAUUCAAAUGUGGGGAGUGUGGCAAAAGCUACCGGCACGCAGGAAGCCUGGUUAAUCACAAGCGUUGCCACCAGACAGGUCACUACCAAUGCACCAUCUGCUGUAAGCAGUACCCUCACCUAGCAGCGCUACACAGCCACCUACGAAGCCACAAGGGGCGUCCCUCUAACCAGCCUAUCAGUAACGACAGCAGUGACUGGCUAUCUCCAGAGCCACUAACUCUGGACUCCCAGCAGAGCUAUGUCCAGGAAGGCAGUGGUGCCACCACUCCAAUCUCAUUACCAGGAAACCUUGGUGAUGCUGCCCACUUUGUACCAGAUGGGGGCCACAGUAGUGGGUUGGACUCUCUUGAGUUCCAUGAUCGCUUUGAUGGCAGCUCACUCUCCCAGAGUAACUCUGCUCACCGGCAGGCUGACAGACAUGUGUGCGCUGACUGUGGUGAGAUGUAUGGAGAUGUAUCUGGCAUUAAGUCACACAUGUGUCCUCGCCGUAGCCAGCAGCCACAGCCGCAGAGUAACAUGUCUAAUGGUUUUAUGGGUAAUAUGAAUUACCAUAGUUCUGGCGGAACCUCGCUGCCUUCUGGAAGUUCCAACAACCUGAAAGAAGGUAGUAGCCAACGUCAGUACUCUCAAAGCGGAGGCAAGAGAAUGGGGAGCAAUGACAAAGAUGACGAUGAUGACGGAGAAGUGUAUCAGUGCUCAGUGUGUGGUAACCAUUAUGCCAGCCUCAGAGCCCUCAGGAGUCACCUGCGUAGCCACGCCAAUAAUCCGACAGGGCCAGGACCAUCCAGCCUGGAUCAGGACUGGAGGAUGAUCUGCUCCACCUGUGGACAGAGCUUCUCCAGGAAGCAGGACCUCUUGAAUCACCAGCUAGUGCAUGGACCCCAAAGGCCAGAUGGACAGCAACAGGGUAUGGCAGGUAGUUCAGCAAAUGGCAAUGAGAAGAUGGAUGGUCGCAACCACAUUUGUGUUGACUGUGGCAUGUUUUUUGCUGACCGCCACCACCUUAUCACUCACUUGUGCCCUGGAAAGAAUAGGGCAAGCUCAUUGAGCAAGUCAGGCCUAAAUGGAGCCAAAGGGAUAUCUGGAGGAGAUGGCGUUGGUGGUGGGGUUGCGGGGGGAAGUCGUGAUGUUGGUGGCGAUGGACGCAGGCCAAUGGUUGACCAAAGUGACAAGCCCCACAAGUGUGACCAAUGUGGGCGAGGAUACAGACACCCCUGCUCACUCCUCAACCACAAGAAAUCCCAUAAGACUGGUGUUUUCCGUUGCCUGGUGUGCCAGAAACGCUACUACAAUCUGCUGGCUCUCAAGAAUCACCAAAGGACACACUUUGACUUGAAGAGGCACAAGUGUGAAGAAUGUGGCAAAGCCUUCAAAAUCCAAAAGCAGCUGAUCAACCACCUUCGUCUCCAUGAAGAACACCGGGCCAAAGGACUUGUUCGGACUGGUCCCAAUGGGUCCCGCUUCCAGCAGCCUGGUCCAUCUCAAAUGCAGACUAUGAGAGGAGAGGCAUCAAAGAGCCAAGCGAUGGGAGUCAAAUACAGCCACCAAGGCUUCAAGAAGCCCUACUCUUCAGCUGGUACAUCUAGACCACAGAAGUUUGACCCUGCUGAAAGUGGACGUCGGCCUUUUGCCUGUGAAGAAUGUGGGAAGACCUACCGUCAUGCAGGCAGCCUGGCCAAUCAUAAGAACCUUCACAAAAUUGGGGAGUACCACUGCAACGUAUGCAACUCUACAUAUCCCAAUAGGCUGGCAAUGAAAAACCAUCUUCGUCUCCACUUUGCCCAGAAGAAGCACAACUGCCAAGAGUGCGGCAAGGGCUUCCGCACCCAGAGGCAACUAGCUACCCACACUACAGCUGGCCUGUGCAAAGGUCCUCAGGGCCCAGGAGCUCAAAUGGAUUUUGAGUGUGAUGGCUGCUGUGAAGGCUUUGCCACAGCUGAUGAGCUUGCAGCUCAUGACUGCCCAGCCCAGCACCUUCCUUCAUCCUCCUCCACCAACAGCUCCACCAACAUUAGCAUGGAGAGAAGCUCUGUGGACAUGGACUCUGAUGAGAGACCCUAUGCCUGUGACUUAUGCAGCUGUGCUUACAAACACGCUAGCUCCUUGCUGAACCACAAGCACACCCACAAGACGGGCAACUUCCGGUGCAACUUCUGCGACAAGCCGUAUACCAACUACAUGGCCCUACGUAACCACAUGCGCAUCCACACACAACGGAAGAAGCACAUCUGCCACACAUGUGGGAAAGCCUUCCGGCUGGCCAGGUUUCUCCGCAACCACCAGAAGGUCCACGAAGAGGGGGCUACCCCCUUUGGCUGCCCCACCUGUGGGAAGAGUUUCCAGGGGAGGUCUGGUCUGGCCAGGCACCGCUGCGGGGACAACCAGGUAGGCAUGGAAGUCAGGAGGAAGGCCACUGCACCCACGGGAGAGGGCGAAGAGUGUCGGUACACAUGUGAUCAGUGCGGCCGUUCCUACCGCCACGCCAGCUCCCUCCUCAACCACAAGAACACUCACACUGUUGGCAUCUAUCACUGUGCCGUGUGCCUCAAGACCUACUCCAACCUUCUUGCCCUGAAGAACCACCGCCGUAUCCACUCCGAGACACGGCGCCACCGUUGCCACGACUGCGGGAAGGCCUUUCGCGUUUCCUCUCAGCUCUACAACCACCGACGUGUCCACCAGAAGCAGCGGGAGCUGACCUGCCGGUCCUGCCAGAGAGCCUUUCCCACACAGGCCAGCUUCAGGCUUCACAUGGAGAUCACCCACGGCCAGCCACCGCAGCCCCGCCAGCCCAGACCCCAGCAGCCCCGUCCCGGGGGCUCCCAGGAGCUGGGCUGGGGGUCAGGUCUGGAUCUCACCUUAAUGCAAGAGCAAGGACUUGACCCCAGCAGUAUGGCCAAAGCCCGCAGCAGAGGGGGUAACAGUGAGAUUAUUAAGUCCCAUGUCUGUGACCAGUGUGGACGUUCUUACCGCCACGCCAGCUCUUUGCUCAACCACAAGAACAGCCACAAGACCGGGACUUAUUUCUGCAACUCCUGCCAAAAGGAGUUCCCUAACCUGAUGUCCCUCAAGAACCACCGGCGCAUCCACACCGAGCCCAAGCGCUACCAGUGCCCCGACUGCGGGAAGUCCUUUCGGGUCUCUACUCAACUUAUCUGCCACCGCCGCAUCCACACCAAGGAAAAGCCGUUCUCCUGCCAGCAGUGCGACAAGCGAUUCUCUUCCAAGUCCAACCUGAGGCACCACAUGAAGGUGCACUGGAGCGGCUCGACGGCGCCCCCUCCCAUGGCCAUGGGUGCGCCCAACUUCCUGGAUCUGAGUCCAGUGGGUUCGAGCAUCACCUCCAAGAGCUUCGUCUGCAGCGAGUGUGGACGUUCUUACCGCCACGCCAGCUCCCUGCUCAACCACAAGAACAGCCACAAGACCGGGGCCUAUUUCUGCAACUCCUGCCAAAAGGAGUUCCCUAACCUGAUGUCCCUCAAGAACCACCGGCGCAUCCACACCGAGCCCAAGCGCUACCAGUGCCCCGAAUGUGGGAAGUCCUUCAGGGUGUCCACGGCGCUCGUUUGCCACCGCCGCAUCCACACCAAGGAAAAGCCGUUUUCCUGCCAGCAGUGCGACAAGCGAUUCUCCUCCAAGUCCAACCUGAGGCACCACAUGAAGGUGCACUGGAGAGGAACGUCGCUGUCCAGAGGAGCGUCGCUGUCCAGAGGAGCAUCGUCCGCCUUCCUCGCCGUUACCUCCAGGCCUUUCUGAAUGUCUGGACUCACUGUUUGAUCUAAACCUCGGUCUGGACUGGAGGGACAAACACACCAGACCCGGACCACAUAGACUCCUGAGGAAAACUGCAGCUUGAAUACCUGAUUGUGAAAUUUAACCACGUUCACGUUGAGAUCUGAAACAGAAUUUGAACAUUUAGUCUAAUCCUGAAUCAUAAAAGCUGAAUCCAGCUGUUGGGUCCAAGGUCUUAACAUGGGUAGGACUUCAGUUUGAGGCUGUUGCUGGUAUGACAGCACAUCGUAGAGUCCAGCGAGUUCAAAUGUGGCAGGAUAUGAAAUUAGUAUUCUGUAAUUUUUGAUUUGGUUAUCUUUAAUCAAACAAAAUAAGCACGUUCUACCUUUUAAGUGGAAGAGAAAAACCUUUUGAUAGAUAGGUAUUGACGUAACAUUUAAAUGUGAGAGCAUUUCCAAACCAGCUCCACCUGGAAACUGAAACUCUCCCUUCGCACAAACUGAAAUGCUGUGUUUGUCGAGUUCUCUCCAUCGGUGGUAAAUGUACAGUACUUUUAUCAGGCUCGUGUUCUUUUGUUUCCACGGUAAACCCACAAACUCCUUUUCGGCCACAGAUGGACCCCCGCUUGUCCCCAUGGACAGUAAAUGAGUUUCAGAGCUUGGAAGCUUCACUGACGCACUCCGGACCAUGAAGGAUUAUGGGUCUUGUAUUUUUUUCAACUUCAGGAUUUCAGUUUUUGUACCGCAGAUGAGAGCUGAAUCGUCUUCUCUUUGAAUACUAUCUAUGUACUUUGCUACUAUGUUUUUGCUUGGUGUUUCUAAGCCAACACAUGAGAUGCACUUGAAUCCUUUAACUCCUGUUACCUCUACUUGUUGAACUACUGACGUCAUCCUCUUCUUCUGAAUUAGGCUGAGGUCAAAAUCAGACUUUUCUUCACCUCUCUUCAACAGUUUGCUUGCCAGUUUCUUCUCCUGUCUCCUCAACUACAUCCUCACCUGUGUUGUCACCUGUUUCCUCACCAGCCCAGAGGGUCAUGACAGUUUUUUUUUUUCUGCGGCACAAGUGAGUUUCUCCAAACAACAGUUCAACAACAUGGCCUCUACACACCCAUUCUGUCUCGUCAUGGGUUUCUUUCACGGACAAAGCUGAUGUCGGGAGCCAUGCAGUUUUGUCUCUGAGGAAACUCCCUAAAACAGACUUCAGCCUGAAGACCAGCAACGUCAGAGAUCAACCUUUGUCACCUUGUGCUCGUAAUGUAGUCAGGUAGUUUUUGGGCACUUGUAUUUUCUGAUUCUGUGCCUGAUAUCUCUCAUAUAUAUACAGAGAGAAAUAUAAUUAAAGGGUUGUGGUACAAACUAGAGAAAAGUAGGCUUUUCAAAGUAACUAUGAUGAUGAUUGUGUGUGUGUUGCUUUCACUCAGCGACAAUCUGGAGCUGUUUUAAAGUUUUAACGUGGUUUAUCUGAUGAAAUAAUUUGUGGGGUUUUUUUUGUUUUUGUUUUUUUAAACAAUAUCUUCUUUAUUGAUUUUUUAUAAACACAAAAUAGGUCCACUCUGUAGAUGUGAUUCAAAGACAUGGCGCCACAUCUUCAUCUCACGUUAUUUAUAUUUCUCCGUAUACGUAAAAAACGGAGAGAAAUAAAAAAGGAUAAGAAGCACGUAACAAGAAUCAAACAUCGCUAAACAACAAAAAACUGGAAAGGCCAUGGAUCAUGAAGUAAAAUAAAAAUAAAUAAAUAUUAUUAAUAUUAAUAAUAAUAAUAAUAAUAAUAAUAAUAAUAAUAAUACAUACAUUAACAAUAACCUGGAUGAAUGAAUGAAUGUUCAUGUACAGUGUUUUGUCAUCCUUAAUGUAUUACAGCCAGCUAUUGUUGGAUUAUUUACAAUCUGUCCAUUUAAGCAAUAUAUUUUUCCUUGAACAGAAUGUAAGUAAACUAAUUUCUUUGAAUUUUUAUCUCAAAUUUGAGAAUCUUUUCACAAACUGUCAUAUAUAUAUAUAUAUAUAAACUAAAACUACCAGUUUCCACAUUACAUUUCAAACACAGCUGAGAUUCAGAAAUUUGUGUUUUAAAAAGUGACAGAAAACUGCAGUCAGUGUGUCAGCCAUUUUGGGUCCUUUCACCAAACCCUUAUCUAUGCGUUCAACAACAACAGAGAAAGUAAACAUAAUCUUCUAUUCUCAUAUUUAUGGUGCUUUUAUUUUGCUUUUAACUACAUUUAGAAUAAUAUAAUCCAAUAUUUAUAAUUAUGACAAACAUAAAGAAAAAAAAUCAAAUAUAAAUUUUACAAACUUUUGACAACCGAUUCAUGCACAUCACUGACUUACACAGACAAUAUUUCUUGAUCGUUAUCAGAGCUGAAAACCUUUUACAUGGAUGCUACAUAAAUUUAAGAAGAUAUUUAUGUUUACAAUUCCCCAUAAUAUUAAUGCAAAUAAAUACUUUUUGACCUAUCUUCCCCUCAGACAAUUCAUAUUGUGAUUUAGGUGGGUACAUUGGACAUUUUUAUUUAUUUUUUAAUAUAAUAUUAGAGUCCAUGUAAAUGAAGCCCCCUGGAAUAAUCUGGUUUACUUUAGUUGGGGAUGCAAAAUUGUGCAGUAGAAAGCUAGUAGAAACGUAGCAGUGAAGUCUUGGUGCUGGUUUGAUGAUCAUGUAUUGUUAUUGUACCUCUGUAUCACCUUUUAUAUCUACAGGUAUAUAAACAGUGUAUAAAAGAUAUAAACAAAUGUG